UCCACAGAGCAGAGGGGAGGAAGCCGCCAGCCUCCUGUGUGACAGCCGCAUCAAAAAGCAGGACUACCGGGACACGGAAGGCCGGACCUGAGCCCGAACCCCCCCCCGUCGUUUUACGGUCAGAACCCGACCCCAAAGCCGACAUGUCGAAACAAGCCGCGUCUGCCCGUUUCCGGCGCGUGGACGUGGACGAGUACGACGAGAACAAAUUCGUGGACGAGGAGGACGGAGGAGAAAACCAGCUGGGUCCCGACGAGGCGGAGGUGGACUCCCUCAUCAGGCAAGGAAAUCUAAUGGAGGCUUUACAUGCGGUUCUGAAGAAUCCACCCAUCAACACAAAGAACCAGAAUGUCAAGGACCGUGCAGAGGGUCUGGUGUUGAAGGUCCUCAGCUCCUUCAAGAGCAGCGACAUCGAGAAAGGAGUGCAGUCACUGGAUAAGAACGGCGUCGACCUGCUGAUGAAAUACAUCUACAAAGGCUUCGAGAGACCUUCAGAAAACAGCAGCGCAGUCCUGCUGCAGUGGCACGAAAAGGCGCUGGCGGCUGGCGGCGUGGGCAGCAUCGUCCGGGUACUAACAGCCAGGAAGACAGUGUAAAACAGACCCAGAGCGGCGGUUCACUCCACGUUUCCGACAGAUACAGGCAGGAGUGCAUGUGCUGUACAUUGAAUCUAACAGAUGGCAUAGAGACUAAAAGGAAAAAACAACCUUUUAACAAAAUGACAGCCUGUCGAGUGUAAGGCUAGACUGAAAAAAGAAUCCAAUCUGGGUCACGUUAGGUUAAAAAUGGCUUUUACUUUUGCUUCCUACGAAUGAUUACAGUCGACUAAAUCGUAUUCCUCACAGGGUGCUACAAAUAACUCCUCACUCCAUGCGUCUGUGCUACUUUUAUGGUUUCUGUUCCUCAUUUCUGUAUGAGCUCAUUCUAUACACAGUACCAAAAAUACCACUGUUCAACACCUCUGAAUCUUCGGCUGGAGGUUCAGUUAGUGUCCAUCUGAACCAGGACCAGAGCUUUAUUAUUCUCACUCUGUUCACAUGUUAAAGCGGCAGUGGAUGAGGUUUGGAAAUGAAAGGAUAUAUCUACCGCUUCCCUCAGACACAUCAGGAUCAUAUCUGAAACGUAGAUGAGCAGGUCGACCAGUUAUUUAACACAAACUGGUUUAACCUAUAAAGACCAGUGUUACUUUUGUGGCACUUCCCAAAUGGAUUUUUCUCUAGAUUUCACCGUUCUUAAAUGAUUUAUUAAAAUAUUUUCCUCUGUAUUUUUAGGUUUUUUUAGUGA